GCCAUGGCUGAAAGCUUAAGUUCUACUCUCAUUAUCAAUCUUUUAUGUGUUGCUUUCUUUGUCAUUUCUACUACGGCAGCUAGAAAUGGACUGGAAAAUCCAUUAGACGCCACCAUAUUAGGCAAAGAUGAUGUUUCCUUUACGGGGACUAACUUCACUUAGGUCUGUGACCCUUCUAGGUAUGCUGCCCUUGGAUUGGACAUGGCAAAUUUUUCCUUCUGUGACAAGCCCCUUCCCUGUGAUGCUAGGGCUAGAGACUUGGUAAACCGUAUGACAUUGCAAGAAAAGGUUCAACAGCUUGGACAUGCGGCUUAUGGUGUGCCUAGGUUAGGGUUACCUAAAUAUAAUUGGUGGUCUGAAGCCUUGCAUGGUGUGUCCAGUACAGGCCCAGGAACUUUCUUUGUUGAAGUUGUUCCUGGUGCAACUAGCUUCCCUACUGUAAUACUCACAACAGCUGCUUUUAACGAGUCUUUAUGGAAAACUAUUGGUCAGGCUGUUUCGACAGAAGCAAGGGCAAUGUACAAUUUAGGUCGGGCUGGAUUAACUUUCUGGAGUCCGGUUAUUAAUGUAGUAAGGGAUCCUCGAUGGGGAAGAGCCAUUGAAACACCUGGAGAAGAUCCUUUCAUUGUAGGUAGAUAUGCUUCUAGUUUUGUAAGAUUGUUAAGAGGCUUACAAGACCGUGGGAAGGGACCUGAAAAUCACCCAGAUCCCAGACUCCAGAACCUCCCAAAGUUUCCUCAAGUUGCAAGCACUUUAGCUGCUAUGAUCUUUGAAAAUUGGAAAAUAACACUGAACCCUAAUUAUCUUUGA